AUGCUUGAAAUCAUUGUUCUUCCAUUGUCAACCACGGUGACCUGCAAAGAAACACGUGCAGCCAUCAUUGCGUUGCAAAAAAAUGGCUUCACAGGCAAGGAUAUUGUGGCUACUAAGAUUGCACCUAAAUCAACAAUUUAUAGGAUUAUCAAGAACUUCAAGAAAAGAGGUUCAAUUCUUGUUAAGAAGGCUUCAGGGCGUCCAAGAAAGUCCAGCAAGCGCCAGGAUCGUCUCCUAAAGAGGAUUCAGCUGCGGGAUCGGAGUGCCAUCAGUGCAGAGCUUGCUCAGGAAUGGCAGCAGGCAGGUGUGAACGCAUCUGCACGCACAGUGAGGCGAAGACUUUUGGAAGAUGGCCUGGUGUCAAGAAGGGCAGCAAAGAAGCCACUUCUCUCCAAAAAAAACAUCAGGCACAGAUUGAUCUUCUUCCGCAGAAAGUAUGGUGAAUGGACUGCUGAGGACUGGGGCAAAGUCAUAUUCUCCGAUGAAGCCUGUUUCCAAUUGUUUGGGGCAUCUGGAAAAAGGCCUGUCCGGAGAAGAAAAGGUUUAGUGAACUCAGGAGGAGAAAUGACAAACGCUCAGUUAUUUCAGCAGAUGGCGCUGCUGCGAUGGCUGUCCUCUCAGACCGACGAUGACCGGAUGAUCUUGACGGCAGUGACUGGCAUCCAGGUCGGCAGAGAGCUGCUAAACCGAUUUACCGGCCAGGAGAAAGUGGACGCCUACAAGAGAGAGUGCAUCCUUAGCAUCUCAGAGUUCCUCCGUAAGAACCCGCGAGCCUUGCAGGCCGACAUCAACGCCGAGGUGGAGAAAAGAGUUCUGGUUUUUGCCGCUCAAGUCAAAGCUCUGGAGACAGCUUCAAUAUUCUGAAUGAACUGCUCAAUGUUUCAAUUUUCAAUUUAUCAAAAAGGUAAAAACCUCAAUAUUGUGGGCACAUUUAUAUCUUCAUAGCUGAUCUGUAUGCUAAUUAAAGACUUUAUUUUAUAUUUUACCAUAUAUAAAUGUAAUUUAGUUUUUUCUUAACUGAUUAAUCGUUCAAUACUUUCCAUCCAGAGAAGAAGCACUGAGAUGGAGCUCUGCAGAUUUAAACUGGAUUUCAUUUGGAAAACCUGUCAAGUGAAACCUUGUAAAUGUCUUGAAUUUGUUAUCAGGAAGUUAAAACUCUCCUGAUACCUUGAUGAUUCCUUACAAUAAAAGCUUCUGGAAAACAAA